GUCACUUCCUAAGAAAAAUCCAGAGAGAGAUUCUAGAGAGAGAAAGAGAGAGAGCAGAAAUGGUGGCGGAGCGAGACAUAGAUGAUCUGCCGAAGAACGAGGCCAACUACACGGCAUUAACGCCGCUGUGGUUUCUGGAGAGAGCAGCUGUGGUACACCCCACCAGGAAAUCUGUGAUACAUGGAUCUCUUCACUACACGUGGCUCCAGACUUACCAACGCUGCCGCCGUAUGGCCUCCGCUCUCAAAAACCACUCCGUCGGCUUGGGUUGCACGGUAUCAAUAAUUGCACCAAAUGUUCCAGCCCUAUAUGAAGCUCAUUUUGGAGUUCCCAUGGCAGGAGCUGUGUUAAACACUGUCAAUGUCCGUCUAAAUGCAUCAACAAUUGCUUUCUUGCUUGGUCAUUCAUCAUCUGUAGUUGUCAUGGCGGAUCAAGAAUUUUUCCCCUUAGUUGAGGAGGCUUUGAAGAUUUGGGCAGAGAAAAGCAAAGGCCAAUACAAGCCCCCACUCUUAGUUGUCAUGGGUGAUGAAAGCUUGGAUCCUAAGGGACUCAAAUAUGCUCUGGGAAGAGGUGCCAUUGAAUAUGAGAAAUUCUUGGAAACUGGUGACCCUGAGUAUGCUUGGCAACCACCAAAGGAUGAGUGGCAAAGUAUUGCUUUGGGUUAUACAUCUGGAACAACAGCGAGCCCUAAGGGGGUGGUUUUGCACCACCGCGGGGCUUAUUUGAUGUCGUUAAGUGGUGGUCUUGUCUGGGGGAUGAAUGAAGGAGCUGUAUAUCUGUGGACUUUACCCAUGUUCCAUUGCAAUGGUUGGUGUUACACUUGGGUACUUGCAGCUCUUUGUGGGACAAACAUAUGCCUUAGACAGGUUUCAGCCAAGGCAGUUUAUUCAGCGAUUCACAAGUAUGCCGUGACUCACUUUUGUGCUGCGCCUGUGGUGCUCAACACCAUUGUCAAUGCUCCACAAGAAGAGACUAUUCUUCCUCUCCCUCAUAUUGUGCAAGUAAUGACAGCUGGUGCUGCGCCUCCACCUUCUGUUCUGUUUGCAAUGUCCCAAAGGGGGUUUAAAGUCACCCACACUUAUGGUCUGUCCGAAACGUAUGGCCCCUCCACAGUAUGUGCAUGGAAGCCUGAGUGGGACUCCCUGCCCCCUGAAAACCAAGCCCGAAUAAAUGCACGUCAAGGUGUUCGUUACAUUGGUAUGGAGAGAGCCGAUGUUCUGAACCCUCGCACUAUGGAACCGGUUCCUGCAGAUGGAAAAACCGUAGGAGAGAUAAUGAUGCGGGGAAAUCUUGUUAUGAAGGGCUACUUAAAAAAUCCGAAAGCAAAUGAGGAAACUUUUGCUAAUGGAUGGUUUCAUUCUGGUGAUCUUGCCGUGAAACAUCCAGAUUCUUACAUAGAAAUUAAAGACAGAUCAAAGGACAUUAUCAUAUCUGGAGGUGAGAAUAUCAGUAGUGUGGAGGUAGAGAAUACUCUUUAUCAGCACCCAGCCAUAUUGGAGGUAUCAGUGGUUGCAAGGCCAGAUGAGAAGUGGGGAGAGUCUCCUUGUGCUUUCGUGACAUUGAAGACGGGCGUGAAUAAGUCCGAUGAACAGCGUGUGGCAGAAGAUAUAAUGAAGUUCUGUCGGGAAAAGAUGCCGGCUUAUUGGGUUCCCAGAUCUGUGGUGUUUGGACCAUUACCAAAGACAGCUACUGGGAAGAUACAAAAGCAUUUGCUGAGGGCAAAGGCCAAAGAGUUGGAACCUGUCAUGAAGUUGAGCAAGUUAUAAACUGUAUUAUGUUUAUGUUUGUCAUUUGUAGAAAAGCAAAUAAGAUCCUGCAGCAUACAUUAGUCGUCUCAAUUCAAUGUCAAUAUUGGGUCACUUGGAUUACAUGAAAUGAGUAUCUUCAUGA